GUUCGGGCCGCGGCAGCCAUCGCGCUUGACACCGGAGUGCCGAGGGCCGACGCCGAGAAAGGAAUCGCGUUCUCUCCAGUCGCAGACCCUAUAAGAUUUGGCUAUGUCCUUCAUAUUUGACUGGAUUUACAGUGGUUUCAGCAGUGUGCUACAGUUUUUAGGAUUAUAUAAGAAAACUGGUAAACUGGUAUUUCUUGGAUUGGAUAAUGCGGGAAAAACAACAUUACUACACAUGCUAAAAGACGACAGACUGGGACAACAUGUCCCAACAUUACAUCCCACUUCAGAGGAACUAACCAUUGCUGGCAUGACCUUUACAACUUUUGAUCUGGGUGGACACGUUCAAGCUCGGAGAGUGUGGAAAAACUACCUUCCUGCUAUCAAUGGCAUUGUAUUUCUGGUGGAUUGUGCAGACCAUGAAAGGCUGUUAGAAUCAAAAGAAGAACUUGAUUCACUAAUGACAGAUGAAACUGUUGCUAACGUGCCUAUAUUGAUUCUUGGGAAUAAGAUUGACAGACCUGAAGCCAUCAGUGAAGAGAGGUUACGAGAGAUGUUUGGUUUAUAUGGUCAGACAACAGGAAAGGGCAGCGUGUCUCUGAAAGAACUCAACGCCCGGCCCUUGGAGGUGUUCAUGUGCAGCGUGCUUAAAAGACAAGGCUACGGAGAAGGCUUCCGCUGGAUGGCCCAGUACAUCGAUUAACCCCGGCCCUCGGGGGUCCAGGUCCCGCCGCUCAGGCCUCCUCAGAGGUGUGAUUCCUCGACAUGCAGAACUUGAAUGCAAUGGACUGUGGUUGGUUAGAAAACAGAGGUUUUUUUAGAUGAUUAUUACUAUUCUAUCAGCUUAAUUUGAGUGAGGAUUGAAACGGAUUCAAGUGAGUUUGACGAUCACAAUGUUAGCUUUCGAAUUCCAUAGAAAUAAUUCCUUUUUUACCGUUUAUAAUCUGACAUCGCCCCCCAGCACCAUUUUUAAAGAGCAACUUUCAAGACUACAUUUGAAGCACUUUUUAACAACACGAAACUACAAACAUGAACCAUAUUUAAAAAGCUCAUCAUGUUAAAUUUUUUAUGUACUUUUUUGGAACUAGUUUUUAAAUUUUAGAUUGUUAUGUCCACCUCUCUUAAGUGACCAGUUAAUAGCUUAUCCAUGAUUGCAUGAUGCCUUACCGUUUUCGAUAUUUUUUUUUCCUUAUGCAAACGUCAUGCAAUAAAACAAACCCUCAUGUGUGUGGCA